AUGCCACCUGCGGGCUCUAGUUGUCUGCAAACAGGUUCUACGCCAAUCAUCACAGGCAACGACAUUCCUGACGAUGUUUGGCGUAUCAUUGCCGGUAUACUGUCGGACUCAGGGUACCAUGCUGUUAGAUACAUGGGGGUGAACCGCACGUUCUACGACCUUGCCCUCGACCAGUUAUAUAGUAAGGAAACAAAUACCGUCCUGAAGGACGCGAUCCUAUCCGUUGCUUCAAAACUCGGAAUAAACACCAGUUUAAAGACCAACAGAGGAUAUGAUCCACAGUGGGUUCUUCAGCACAGGCAUGAACGAUCCAAGGACGGCGCUCUUUCGUUCGAAUCAACUAUCAAUCCCAUGGUCAACGCCGUGGCAGGAAUGUCAAAUGUUAUGGAAUUCAAUUUCGAAUGGCGGGAUCUCCCUAUGAACAAGAACACGUUGAUAUUUUUGACAUCAGCAAGAACAUCGUUCGAUAACAGUCUACGCAAGCUCGUUUUACGAGCGCCGAUCUCCAAAUUCAAAGAUCUUCUUGCAAAUACCAAUUUUAAUAACAUCGAGGAGUUGGACUUCCACUUUGACUAUCGUCCAGGGGGUACUGUGUCCGAAACUCCGGACCCCUACGUGAAAAUAUUAUUGGAGACUGUAGUCCCAUUUAUUGCAAAGCGUCGAGACCGUCUCCAGUCUUUACGUGUGUCGUCAUCGUCUGCCACCAAUUUGUCGGAAUUUUUUCAUGCUCUUCCCUCCUACUUCCCCUCUCUUCGAGGCUUUGGAGUUAACAUCUCUUUUCACAAAGAUUUUCUCUCGGAUGCAAGUGGCCUCUGCCAAAUCCUGGAGUCUUGUGCGGUCAGCCUUCGACAAGUCAUUCUAUCUGCCAAUUGGGAGCAUAACCAUCUAGACCCUGUCAAGUCCCAGUCUGUUCAAAGUGUUGAUCGCUACGCAAGGACAGAUACAAACAACAUCAAUCCCCAGAGUGAUAAUAAACCUUGGGUUCGCAUGAAUAAUCUGCUACUGGCUCAUCCCAGGUGUCUUUCAUCCCUCAGGUCUCUCGAAAUCCCCUUCAUUUCGUUGAGCAACACUCUACCUAUCAUCCAGCGUUCAUGUGACACAUUGAUACGGCUUUGUCUGAAAGGUCGGUACCUCACUACAAAUGAAAUAGCUCAGGUUAUAGCGCUGUUCAGCCAUCGGUCACUCGAAAUUCAGUACCUUGAAAUUGCUGUCACCAUGUUGGAUAUUGCGCUAUUGGUGGUUUUGGCGAAGGGACUUCCUGAUCUGCGUUCUCUCGUUCUAAUUUACGAGAAGCGCCAUGAUGAUGUGAGCUUAUAUCCACUGAAAUCUGAGAAGCCUAACCCAACUCUCUGGAAAAGUUAA